CUUCUCUCCUCCCCCUGAAGGUGCGGCGCGUCAUUGGUUGCCAGGAUACCAGGCUGGGCUCUAACGGUGACUGAUCGGGUGUUUGUCGGUGCGGGUCUUGGGAGAUCAGGUACAUCAAUUUUGUGUGACUCAAAGCAGUAAUCAUGUCUGGAGAGGAUCCUGAUUCCAUUAAACCAAAAUCAAUGUCUCGGGCAAAGCAAUGGUCAGAUGAGAUUGAAAAUUUGUACAGAUUCCAAACCGCUGGAUAUAGAGAUGAACUGGAAUACAAGCACAUACAACAAGUAGAUAUGGCAGAGCGAUGGCCAGACACUGGAUUUGUGAAAAAACUGCAAAGAAAAGACAAUACAUUUUAUUAUUAUAACAAACAAAGAGAGUGUGAAGAUAAAGAAGUACAUAAAGUGAAAGUGUAUGCUUACUAAAUAAAUAACUGAAAGUCUA